AUGUCUUCUAGGAGAUCAUCCAAGUCAAAGACAUCAACAGAUUCAUCUGGUAGUCUUAAUAGACUAUUAAACUUUUCCAAAUCUGUUGAAAAAGGCAUCCAUGGAGUAUUAUAUGCAAUGACAAAGAAUAAUACUUUUCCAAAGGCAUUAACUAUCAUUGCUGUCAUUAUUGAAUUUAUUCAAUUAAUAUCAUUUGGAUUUAAGAAAGUAUUUCCUUGGGGUGGAGAUUUAGGAUAUUAUUUAAAAAGAAUUGUAUCACCAAUAUCACAUCCAGCAGAUGUAUUGGCAUAUCAAGGAUUUACAGUAUUGUUUUGGGUAGCCAUUGCCUUUAUGGUACUUGGUUUUGUCAACAUUUGGUAUGUUGCCUAUACAUUCUAUCAAGGAAAGAUUGCCAACAUUUGGAUCAUUCGAACUCUAAGAUGGUUUGUUUCAUUCACUGUCGCCGUUCUCUACAUUCCUCUUAUCUCGUUGUUCCUCAUUGGUCUCAAUUGUGCCUACGAUUCAGAGAAUGGUGGUUACUAUCUCACUCGUUUCUCCUCUCAAGAUGUACUUUGCUACGGACCAGAAAACAUCCCAAUCACCAUUUUCUCCAUUUGCUUUAUCAUUCUCUUCACGAUUGUUGCAGUUUGUUCAAGUUUAACUUAUUAUGAAUUUGAUACUUCAGUUCGUGAUAGAUUUGCUAAACCUCAUGCUAGAUUUGAUUUAACUAUUUUACUUGCCAAGACAGUAUUUGCAUUCUUUUUCGAAUUACUUCGUGAUUAUCCAUGGUUGUUGGCGAUAGUUUUCUUCCUUGGUUUGAUUUGGUUAUCUUUUGGUUCAAUUGUUUUCCUUCCUUAUAAUAAUCAAAGAUUAAAUCAAAUUAAAUCAGGAUUAUAUACAGUUAUUUUUUGGGUAUCAUUUUGUACUAUUCUAACAAUGAUUAUAAAUGAUUUGGAAAAUGCUGCCACAAGUUAUUUGGUUGUUUCAGGUUUAGUUCCAUCAUUUUUCCUUGGUUUCUUUUUAAACAAAUUCUUUUAUAGAUUUUUACAUAAACAAUUAAAACAUUUAACAAAUGUAUCACCACAAACAUCCGUACAAACAAUGGAAGUUAUUAAUAAUUUAAACAAAGCUAGUCAAGAUGAUACUACUGGAAAGGGAGUUACUUUUGAGGAACCUGUAACGUUGGGUAGCAAGAGACAAAUUAAAUUCCCGUUUUUUGAACGUUGGUAUGCCAUGCCAUUCUUUAUCGAGAUUAUGACACGUCGUGUACUCCGUGGUAAUCGUGAUCAGGCGGCUAUUGAUCGUGCCAAUCUAUUGUUCCAGUGUGGUCUGCAGUACUACCCCAAUUCAUCGCUUCUCUGGAUGGCCUAUGCCAACUAUCUCUUCACCGUUCGUCAAGAUCGUCAUGUUGGCUAUGCAUCGUUGGAAAAGUUGCGUCGUAUGAACCCACCAUUUGACAUUCGAUUCUUUAUCUUUCAACGUGAUAAGGAACGUGAACAAAUGAUGGACUCUGAUCUGCGUGGUCCCAGUGGCAAGAUUCAAGAUUUUGUGACGUACAUGGAGUUUAAAAAGUUGUAUCUUGGUGCUCGUCGCUCGCAUCAGUCUUGUCUCAGCUACAUCAACCGUUUCUGGAGACAUUUGUUACACGAGACUAUCGAUCUCAAUCAGCUGUCGACGCUGUCGGGCAAGAUUGCUACGACCGAGACCAAGGCAACCGAGCAGUACGAACGUCUCCUUGGACUCAACCCCAACUCGGUCAGAGUGAUUCGUGACUAUGCUCAGUUUGUCGAAGAGGUGGUUAGAGACCGCGACUUUGCCUUCAAGUUGCGCAAGAAAGCCGAUACCAUCGAAGACAACAUGUCCAAGAGUCUGUCGAUCGAACAUAUCCGUCAAAACGACAACAACAGUAUUCCAUCGGACGAGGACCGCGACAUGAUCGAGGGAAGCGGUGGUAUCCAAAUGGAACGUAUUGGUGUGACGAUUGAUGGCCACCACGGCCCCAUUGGCAAGGCAGUUGCCCAUACCGAGUCGUCGCAAGACCGCAGUAAAUCGGGUGAUGGGUCGAGUGAGACUAGCUCAUCGUACCACAGUCGUUCCAACUAUGCCGCCUAUCAACAAAGUAACUCUAUCUCUCGUCUCUCAUGGUUGAUGAUCUUUACCACACUUGCCACCGUCGUCUUUGCCAUCGUUGUCUUGGUUGUACUCCGUAACCAGAUGAUCGCCCAACGUAAUGCAUUCCAGGGUGUCUUGUCACUCGGCAGUCUUGGAAACGAGUGUGUUCAACUGUCUGACAAUUUCAUCCUCAUGAACCAAUACGCCAUCGCCAAUGAAACCGAUCUCUACGCUGCCCUCCAGUCCGAGAAUGAACGUCGACUCAAUAUCAUGGAAAACAUUCAUCACGCCAUCUAUUACGGUGAAAAGAGUCCACAAGCCUAUGUCAACGAUGCUAUGGCCACUCUCAAACAUGAAGCUGGUAUAGGAGGUGUCUAUGAUAUUGGAACGGUUGUCUUUGAAUACUCGCAAUUCAAUAAGACCAAUCCUGCCAACUCUGCCCUGCUCCGAUCCGUCUACAACAAGCCAAUCAUCCAAAUGCAGAUGCUUAUCGAGACCAAGCUCGACGAACACGAGAUACACUAUGCCAGUCAACCAUUCAAUGUUUGGAAGGCCGGUAACAUGUAUGUUGACAGUUCACGUGUCAUCAACCAACUCACCAUCGACGAGUUUGCCCUUGCCUUUAACAAUACCGAGUUCAAGUUUGUCACCAAGAAUACUCAAACCUUGUCCGACUCUUUCCUCCUCGUCCAACAAGCAUACAUUGGUACUAUCCUCUUGUCGGCCAAUGACAAUGCAUCCAACAUUCUCUAUAUUUGGAUAGCCAUCUUUGGUCUGCUCUUUAUCCUUGCCGUCACAUUGUUCCGUCCAAUAGUUAGUCGUAUCUCGAGAGAGAAAAUCAGAACACUUGUACUCUUUUCUCUUGCUCCCCAUGACCUCGUCAUCAAAAUGGCCACUAAAAAGGUUAAACUAUCAAACCUUGAGAGUGGAUCAGAUCGUGACAUUCAAUUUGAUACUUCAGACGAUGAAGCAUUCAACAACAACAACAAAAAGAAUGAAUCUGAAAAGAUGAAACUUGGACUGUCAACUUCAACUGGUUUAGUUUUAUCUGAAACAAAGGGUACUGAAGGUGCCGAAGAAGAGAAUGAUAAUCGUCCAUUAUUAUUGGAAAAUAAUAAUUCAUCUCCAAGAAGUGAUAAUAAUGGUGGUGGAGUUGUUGGUUUGGCUGUUGUCGAGAAUGCAGGAAAUACAAGUGGUAGUAACAAUGGUGAUACUGCUGGUAAUGGUGACCAAAAGAAAAAGAGAAUUGGUGGAUGGGACGGAAAGAGCAAGAGAAAUAUCAACAAGAGAUCUUUGAGAGUUGUUUUGAGACGACUCCAUUUCUCUUACAGUUUUGCUUUGUUCCUUUUGUUUGGUAUUUUGACAAUGGGUCUAUUUGUCAGUUUUGUCCAAAUCUUUGUAGACAUGCAAGCUGGUUUUGAUCUUGCCCUAUGCUCUCAUCGUUCAACUGACGCCCGUUUACUCCAUUUCUACGUAAGCAAGCUCUUGUCGCCACUAGAGUUUCAAGAUACUACCCAAGCCGAGAUUCACAACAUGACCAUUGACUUUCAACUCAAUCACCAGUCGCUCAUUGAUAUCCCACAGACUGAAGACAUUAUGGACGGUACCUAUGGAUGCUACCGUAUCAAUCAAUCAGAGUGUCGUCAACCUGGUGACCCAUACUACAAAGAUGUUAGUUAUGGUUUGGAUUGGACUAUCGAACAAAUGAUCCAACAUUCUCUCAAUCUGGCCUAUGAGGAGCGUGCUGAAGUCACUCCGACUAGUCCAGACUUGGUAUGGAUGGAAACACUCUAUCCAGACCUUACCGACGGUCUUGAUCGUGCUGCCUUUAGAUUCUUCCAAUACUGGCAGGAUAUCCAAACCAAGGCUCUCAACAUUAUUACUGCCAUCAUGUCUGUCUCCACCGUCCUCCUCGUUCUCAUCUAUGUCAUCCUCUUCCGUCCAUUCAUCAAUCGUCUCCGUGUUCAACAUAUUCACACCCUUGCCAUGCUUCGUCUUGCCCCUGAAGAUAUUCAAUUCAUGGAAGUUAGUGAUAAAAUUAUUGAUGAAGAUUAA